AUGGAAGAAAAUGAGGGAGUGGAAGGUCUAUAUCAGGGUGACAUACUUCUUAAUGAAGCGCAGAAAACGGCCGUGAGAUCAGGAACAACAAAAGGAUUUGGUGAUAUCCUUUGGCCUGGAGGCGUGGUACCAUAUGUCUUUUCAAAGGAAAUUGGUAAGAUGAAGAAACAAUAUUGAAACAAUAGACUGCCAGCAAUAUGAUAUACGAAUUAAGUAAAAGGUCAAAAACGAAGCUCUGGUGGGAUCUUUUAAUAAAUUAUAUGUCUUUCUCAAGUUAUUCAACUUUUGUAGUAAGCAAUAAACAAACUGAAUUCGUCCUUAAAAAGAUAAGCCUGAGCCUGCGAUUAAUUGAAAACCAAUAACUGGUCAGAGGAUAAUUAAAAAACCCGUCACCUUCAUAAACAGCAUAUCAAGAACCUCACAUAAUGCGCACUCUUCCGUGUCAACAGAAUUAACAGAGAGAAAUUAAAAGUUAAUACUCCUUUGUGUUGAAAAAGUAAAGUAAAUGCAAUGAAUUUGUUCUGUUCUUUUUUUGCACUUACAAUGUAGUAUAUUUUACUAAUUUUGAUUUUCUCAGUAUCCUACUAAAAUAAACCGUCACAUUUAGCUUAGGAUUCGGCAUUUGAUUGGUGUCCUGAUAAUGGUUUGAAUAGCCAAAAUUAUUUUGUGAUAAGUUUGAUCUCUUGGUACAGCUCGACAUGAACAGGCUCCCUCCCUCUUUCUCGUCGGAUUAUCCUUUGUCUUCUAUUAACGUAACUCUUUUGGAAGUUUGAGUUUUUCUGAACUCCCCCAAAGUCACUGAUAGAAGUUAAAUAAAUUGCCCUUUCUGAUUCCCUUUUUAAGUAAAAAGGGUCACUCUGGUACAUAGAGUUGGUCCAUUUAACAAGGAAUAUUAAAUAGUUUCCUGAUGACAACAAUAGUAUAAGCCCUUUAUACUCUCUUGGGUGUAUAUAUUUUCUUUCCGUGUUUAAUAAUUGAACGGACACCUGAGCGUGUAGUAUACCCUGCGAGCAAACACCGGGAUUCCAAUUCCUUCAUGGCGGUUAACAUUUACCAAGUCGCCCGAGUGGCUUGUCGACUUCGAAAACACUAAAAACCAUGCCGGAAAGAAAACUCGGCUGGUUGCUAGGGUAGAGUAGUAAGGACCUGCAGAUGAUUUAGUUCCUUGCAAUAAUCUUUGGUAGCCUCCGCAGCUCCACCCCACCGGUUAGCAAAUUACUCAGUUUUACUUAAUAAUUUUACUGCCUGUUUUAAGCGUCAUAUUUUAUCAAUCUUUUUUUUUUUUGUGAACAGCGUCAACCUCUCUUUCAAUGUUGAUCAAACAUGCUUUCAUGGAGUGGGAACACUAUAGUUGCAUAAAGUUUAAACCAAGGACCACCGAGACAGCCUACCUGAUGUUUCUCUAUGGAAAGGGGUGAAUAUCCUUAAAGUUUUAAAGGUUUUAUAAUGAUGAAAUGGCUUUUUGUAUAGUACAUCAAAGAGCAGAGGACACAAAAAUAUUUUAAUAGGAAGGCUUGACAUUUAACUUUGUUCGACCUUUUAAGUUAAAUGAAGCCUCAAAGCAACUGACGAUAGGUCUUGGUGUACGGGAAGUAUUGUUGGUUAAAAUUAAGGUAUUAUUUAAUAUUCUCUUUGGAACCAGGUCUGUUUUGUUAAGACAUUUGAAAGUGCACCAUCUGCGACACCAAACAACCCCCAAAAUGCUUAAGGGAUUCAGCCAAGGAGUCCACGAGAUGCAUUUAAUAAGUAUGACAGCUCGGAGACCCAGGGGGCAGGCAGUCAAUUGGGUCGGGUCAAGGGACGCUUCGAAAGUGUUCAAGAAAUUUUUCGUCGCGCCUGUUUCUCCCGACCCGACUGUCUGCCCUUGGUUUUCCGAAAUGUUCCCGCCUAUGACCUGAUACUUUCCGAUGCGACGUUUUAGUGAGGACCUAAACACACCACCCAUUUUUCGACCACUUUACGUGACCGGUCCGAGAUGGAUUGACCCGCACGGCAAACAUUUUGAAGAUUAGGAACAAUCUCGUAACCAGUGUCUGUGAUCCUUUUGGUCAGCACUGCCUUUUCAGCCAGACAAGGAUAAUGAAGGCUCUUGUGAGGAGAUUGAAUAACUAAACGUUUGCAUCUUUAUGCACAUAGGGAUGAAUAAUAUUGUUCACUGGCCAAGAUGUAUAACUUUCUUUUUUCCUUAGGUGCUAUUCUUACGUCGGUUACCAAGGAAACAAGCAGAUUCUUAGCCUCGGUCUAGACUGCUUUUAUAAAGGAAUAAUACUACACGAGAUAGGUAAAUAUUGUUGGAGGCGGGGGUGGGGGAGGGGGGGGGGGUGGGGGUGGGAGUGGGAGGUGUAUGCACCGUAGUUUUCGCCCGUUAUCUUUUAUUUUUAGGACACACCGAGUUCUGAGGUACCCCGCCUCGUAUAGCGCGCCUUUUGCGAGGACGAUUUCUAUAGAUUGAUUGUUUUGCCCCAUGUGAUCGAUCCUAAAAGAAAUCAUCCCUUCUUGACUAUGAUACCAAACCAACACUUUGAGACCUGAAAAGAUGCUCAAAGAUCUCCACAAAAGUUUGUAAGAAUUAGCCAUUCUAUACACUGUACUAGCUGUAGUGUUGUAUAAACAGAAAAGCCAAAUUUGUCUUGUUACCGCUAUUGAUGUAGAGAGAGGUAUUAAAGCAAAAGGAAUACUGUGGUUCCUUUCAUCAACUUGAACUUUUGGACGGUUAUGAUGGUGUUUUUCAACAUAUAUCUACGGGUUUUUUUCGGGUAAUAUAUAUACAAGUGAAGGGAAAGUUCAUGUUUCCUUAAAUCCUCUAUAUAAGAUCUGCUCAAGGCUGGAAUUUUUUGACAAGCAAACUUAAGCCAGAAUUAUUAAUAUUUUGAGGUUUUAGAUAGGUUCUAUUCAAAAGAGUGAUCUGGUGUAUUUACACAUCAUUUUUCAGGACAUGCUUUAGGUUUCUUCCAUGAACAAGCCAGGCCUGAUCGAGACAUGUAUAUCACAAUUCACGACGAAAACAUUCGCCCUGGUAAGACAGGAUCACAUGUUGGUGACUGUGUACAUGUACUCUUCUGUUCUGUACUGCUCUACCUCCUCUACCCAUAGAAAUAAAUCUUUGCUGGGAAAAUGGUCUGAUGAUAGUGUUUUUAAAGGAACCUCUUCAACCUAAUUUCUCCAACAGCGAGCGAUCGAAAUAAAAUAAAAUUCUAUUUUUGCAUUAUCCGUCAAUACAUAUAUUGGUUGCCCUAUUGUUAUAAACUGCUCUUUGUGUUAGAGCAAAACCACAAUUAUUCAAGAUGGCGGCGCCCAUGAAAUUUGAAAAAAAAUACCUGAUAUAAACACUUUUUUUAAGACAAAUUUCGAACAAAUUUGUUUAUCAACAUAAUUUUAUUCGAUUUAAACUUAUUCAGUGGAGGUUCCCUUUAAACCUAAAAACAAUACCACAUAGUUUUGAAAUAAAUUGAAAAUCAAUUCAUUCACUCUUAGCGAAAAUAAAAAUAUUUAGAAGGAAUUGUGGAGGGUUUCAUCUAUUAACAAAUACUGUUAUCAACAUUUUAUGUUUAGGGAAGUCUUCCAAUUUUAAUAAGAUGACGUAUGCGCAGAUGCAGUCUUGGAUGCCGUUUGGUACCCCGUAUGAUUACUCCUCCAUCAUGCACUUCUCAUCGUACGCAUUUACAAAGAACAAGAAACCCACUAUCACAGAUAAAUACAACAGGGUGAGAGAGAACAGUAAAUUGUACAUUGAAAUCCUGAUCCAGUUUUCGAACCUCCAUGGGAAAAGGAAAAUGGGCAACACCAUAUUAGAAAAAGAGAAGAGUCACUAUUUCAUCAAUAAGGAAUAAAAUAAGAUAAAAUAAAUCGUCCAUAAGACGAAGAGUUUUGGCCCAAAACAGAAGUUGCGUAUUUCAUUUAUGAUUUCAUUUAUGAUUAUUUCUGAUGUUCAUAAAAAGUCAUAAAUAAUCGCUUUUCAACCUUGCUAUAGCUACUUGCUAUAGCGUAUAAAAAUUAUCGUUAAAGAAUAUCUCUACGACCUUUUAAGAGAUAACGAUUUUAGCCUCUGCGGCUGCGCAUUCCUUAGGCACUACCGUUUCUAUGCAAGGAGUUCGUUCCGAUCUAUCAAGGACAGUCCUUAAAGAGUCGAUUUUCAAGGAUCUGUAAUUUUAAAAUUACGUUCUGCUAUAUGAUUUUUUUAUCAUUUCCUAACUUGUUGAUUCAGAAUUUGUAGACUGACGGCCAUUUUUUCUGAUAGCAAAAGGGAUUUAAAGGGUCAUUAAUUUGGCUGGUUAAUUUGUUUGACUGUUACGGCAACUGUUAGAUCUUGAUACGGUGUAAGGAAGUGAACGAUUUGGGUAUCUCGUCGAUUUUACUCGCUCUGUUCUCCUUGUUGCACCUCCCUUAGUAUCUGAAAGAUCCUGAAAGCCUAGACUAAAGUGAACAGACCGGAGUAAUGUAGGCUUUACCUCCAGGCUAAACUGACUGCUUUCGUGAGCUUCGUUAUUCGAUCACUCAACUUUGUUACUCAAAUUUAUACCCAAACAUGCUGCAGAUCCCUGUCAGGUAUAUUGGCCAACGAGAUUACCUCAGUACUUUGGACGUGAAGCAGAUAAACCUCAUGUACAACUGCCCUGGAAGUAAGUCAUGAUAAAUAUCACGCCCAGUGGGUUGUUCUAACUAUAUGCAUCUCGGCAUGCGCAUUAUCUUCGAUACAGCAUUUUUUUUUCACCCUGAGAAGUACAUUAUGUUUAAAAGGCCAGCUACUAAUGUAGUUGUUGUAUAUCUUAUUUUAUGUUCACAAUCGAUAUAUUAUUCAGCAAGUGAGAUUGCUGUUGUUUAUACUCAGUAAAUGGGGUGCAGGAGUGUGUUACUUGAGUACUUCUUAUAUAUAGAUACAUAUCAUCAUUUUUUUACAUUCCCUGAUAUAGUCAUUGUCUUAUACAUUUGAUUUUUUUUUCUUUUUUUCAUCGGGCAACCCUAUCCUACUCUACUGACACUAAUAAAUUGAUUGAUUGAUGGAAAUGACUACCUGCUUAACUGAUUAUAUCCUCUGAUUUAUAAUUAAUGCUGGGGAGAGUAAACAAACAACUACUUAAUAUGGAUAAAUUUUGGUCAUAGUUAAAAGGAAUUAAUAAAAAAAGUAAUGAAUGGGCACGAAUGAGUGAAUACUGGUAAUAGGCUCCCGGUGAAUAAGGGUAACGCAAAUUUCUGGAUCUAAACUAUUAAAUAUAAUGAAUUGUUACACGUAGACAAUAGACAGUUCCUGCUUUGCUGUAAAACAAAGGCACCAACUCGAGGUUGGGUGGACAAAAUACAGUGAUUUGUAUGAAAUUAUUCACCCUAGUCUCUACCUUAUUUUUUUGAAGUUUGCUGACUGGAGCGGAAUGCGAGAAAGGUCUAUUAUAGUUCAUAAGGAAUUUAUUUUGCCAAAAACAAGGCGUUAGGAUUUGGAUUUGGAUUUCCCAUCACGUGGCGGCGAAAACCUAUAAAAAAUAAAUGGAUUCAGAUUCAGUGAAUGAAAAUCUGAAUAUCCGAAUAUGUUUUUAAAAUAGCUGGUCUCCUACUUAUAUACCGUUCCACACCCAGCUGCUCUGUAAACAAUUUUUUGCAUCCUUGCCACAAUCUUGGGUGAAGCAAGGAGGUGGAGCCAGGACCCAAGGUUUGCCUCUGAGCCCACUUCUCUACUCUUAAAUCCUUUCCAGUUCAUUAUUAUGAAAAUAUUUUAUUACGCAAAACGUUGAUCUUUGAUAUAUCAAAGCAUUUUGUAGACGUAAAAAUCUAAAAACCGUUCAGCUUCCCUCCAUUUCCAUUUACUGGCCAUUCAGUUUUAGGGAAAUUACAGGGGUGUUUUUUUCUUCGCAAAAUUAUUGGAAGGGGGUGUGUUUACUUGAGGGGAUUGACCGGAAGAUCGAUGAAUGCGUAUAUUUUGGACCCCCGAUCACGGACAAUUUCGUUUGUCUUGGUUACUUUUAAACGUAUACGCUUGAAUGAAUCAACUGGGAAGAGAAUGGUGGACAUAUCACCGAGUUCCACAUUUUCAAGAACUAAGGGUGGAUGGGAAGGUUGUAAACUUGUUCCUUUAUCCCGGACACGGACAUAGCACUUUUCCCCACUGCCCUCUAGUACCAAUCGUUUUAAGCAAACUUUUUUUCCUUCUAUGACAAGUUUUUAAUGAACGAAAUAUGCAGUUAUAUGAUAUGCUAAUGAGGCAAAAUUUUUAGAUUUUUUCGAAUAUAUGUUUCUUUUAUCGUAUUUUAAUAUUGUAUUAAUUACGCAAUCCAGCUUUUGGCUUGCAUGUAAUUACUUGUGAAUGAACUAUGUAUGUAUCUAUCUAUCCACAAGUCUAGCGUAGCCACUGUACGAUACUUUAUUAAUUUUGUUACGCCAUAGUUUUCCUUUUCUGAUAACUUAAUCAAUCAAUUAUCUAUUUGUAAACUGCAGAUGAAACAACUUUUUUCGCUGAAAUCUGCGAAGGUAAAAGUGGACGGAUUAUCUGCUUUGGUGGAAGGAAAAUUAAAGUUAUUUACGCAAAUUACGGAAGGAAAAGAUAUCAAAACCAUUGCGGGUUUGGAUUAAAUACAAAAUGCGAAAGUACUUCUUCUUUUGAAAAGGUCAGUCUCGUUUUCGAAUCCUUAUACCUUAUUUUUACUUAAUUUCGCGAGUAUUAAAUUUCGCGAAAAAUCAUGAGCCAUAUUUCGGGAGUAUUUAAUUUCGCCGCUUUUGGGGAAUAAAAAAGCAACAGUUUAAUUUGAACUUGGUUAUUUUAUGGAUAUGUCUGGUAUCAACUUUCGCGAUUUUAAUCUUCGCGAGUCUUAAAUUUUUUAAAGUUUUUUCCCAAAUCGCGAAAUUUAAUACUUGCAAAAUUAAGUGAGAAUAAUGUAUUUUCACCAAGAGAGGAUAAAGGGGACAGAGAAGGCAUCCCCCAUACACACCCUUUUCCAUAGAUAAUUCGUCUCGAGUUAUUUUUAAGGCCACAGAUCCCAAGGGGGAUUAGACAACAGCCAAUCACAUAGCGCGAAUGUGUUCCGCGUGGAUUACCCACGCUCAGAGUCACGCGUCCUUCACGAAUUGAGGCAGAAAAAAAUGGGGGAAGACGCGGAGAGCAAUAUUGCUUUUCAUUUUGUCGACGAAAACGGCUAAAGAGAGAUUUCUGCUAAAGCUGUGUCAGCGAAACGUAAAUUAAAAAAGAAUCGCCCUUCCUCUCUUGUAUAGAGCUAACAGUACAGCAGGGAAAUCCUUAACACAGUGAAUAUUCUCUCAGGAUCAUUUAUAAUUUACAGUUUGAAGAGAGCAAUUUCUGGUUUGAUAUUUAUUCUUUUAUUAGUCUUUUAUUAUUAAACAAAGAUAACACUUGGCGUCCUAUAAUAACAAUAAUUUAAUAACUUCUAGAGCGCUAUUUACAUUCACUGAUCAACAGCGCUUAACAACUUAAAAAAAAACUACAAUAAAAUUCAGAUUUGUAAAACUAAUUACAUGUACAUGAAUAUUACUUGCUACAUUGUACAAACGACCGGUUUCAAUAAACCGGCGAAAUUUCUCAUUUUAUUAAAGCAAUGAGGUUACGAUAACUUCGAGUUAAACUGAUUUCACGGGUUGUCAAAGAGUCGAGCGAUUCCCUUUUCCCAGGUGAGCGCCGACUCAUUUCGCUUCAAUAUUCAGAAAUGCUCUCAAUCUCUUUACGCUUUCAUUGCCUUUCGCCUGACAUGUUUUGCAUGGCGUUUAGUCAUGCGAAACCUCCACGAAACAUUCACGCAGCACGCGAGGUAACUCUAUCUCGAUUCUAAAAAUAACUCGAGACGAAUUACCUAUGGAAUAGGGUGUGUAUGGGGGAUGCCUUCUCUGUCCCCUUUAUCCUCUCUUGAUUUUCACUAAAUAUUCCUUGGCUUAACUUUUGGUUCGAGGGUUGUCCAUAUGCUCGCCCCAUGAAGGGGAAUCCAAGACAGUCGACUUGGAUUCUGGAUUCCACACCGUGGAUUCCGGAUUCUAGUCUUUGUCACUGGAGUGGAUAAUCUUUAGUAGGAUUCCGGAUUCCUUUUGCUAUAUUCCGGAUUUCAAAACCCAGGGAUCGGCGUUCCACAAGCAAAAAUUUCCCGCAUUGAUGAGUGAAUUGUCCCUGUCACAGGGAUUUCCCCUGUCCUCUUAAUGCAUUAUUUUUCCCUGCUCUCUUAAUGCAUUAUUCCUCUUGUGUACUUGUAGGUUAAAGAGGUCUGUAAUGGUCGAUCAUCAUGCGAGCUUCACGCCACGGAUGAUGAGUUUGAAGACCCUUGCCCUUGGACCAAAAAGUAUUUGGCCGUUCGAUAUCAAUGCCAUCUUUGA